UCAGAAUCCAAACCGUGUUCUGUGGUUGCAUCACUUUUGGCUGGCUCCCUCUCUCGCGCAUCUGCGCCAAAGAAGACUCCGAUUCUCCCCCACGCUCGCUCUCCUCCCUCCCCUGCUCCGAAUUCGACUCACAUCGGCGUGAUCGUCGCCUAGAUCUACUGCCUCCCCGGAGCUACCUGCGCAGCUUCUUUGGUUCAGGAGGCGGCGGCGGGACACAAUUGCGUGGUUUGGUGCGUCGCUGGGGUUAGGGUUUGAGGAAACCCUAGCGCGAUGGCGUACCGGCCGUACGCGCCGCCUCAGGGGGGUUUCCCGCCGCAGCCGCCGCCGAUGAACCCGUAUGGCCAGCCGCCGCCGCAGCCGGGGUACGGCCACAUGCCGCCGCCGCCACCGUUUAUUGCGCCGCCGCCCCCGCCCGGACCGCCCCCGCCGCACCAGCCCCAGUACAACUUCGGCCACGGCCCCCCACAGCAACAGCAACAACAACAGCCGCCGCCGCCGCCCCAGAUGUAUUACCAGCCCCCACCGCCGCCGUACGGCGGCAACAGCAGUCAACCUCCCCCUCCGCCGCCGCCAAUGUCUCCCCCUUCGGCGCCGCCACCACCACCUCCGGCCCAGCCACCCCUUCGGGAGGCUCCGCCGGCCCCAAAGGAGCAGCAAGCCAAGGCGGCGCUGCCGAGAGUGGAGACGGAGGAGGAGCGGCGGGCGCGCAAGAGGCGCGAGUAUGAGAAGCAGAAGGCGGAGGAGCGGAAGCAGCAGCAGAUGAUGCGCCAGUCGCAGGCAACCAUCCUGCAGAAGACGCAGCAGGUGCGCACCGCGCAACAGAAGCAGCCGCAGACGCAGAGCCGCCGCCCCCAGGCGUCGGCAUCAGCUGGGACACGGAUGGGGACAACUGCGCCCCGCCCGGCCUCUGCUCCCAACACUGAGAGGUUUGAGAAUCGGCUCAAGAAGCCGACAACGUUUCUCUGCAAGCACAAGUUUAGAAAUGAACUGCCGGAUCCAAGUGCUCAGCUGAAAUGGCUGCCUCUGAAUAAGGACAAGGACCGAUAUACCAAAUACAGGAUCACUUCAUUGGAGAAAAACUAUAUGCCUAAAAUGAUUGUCCCUGAGGAUCUCGGGAUACCUCUUGACCUACUUGAUAUGACUGUAUACAACCCUCCUGCUGUUCAGCCGCCCAUGGCUCCAGAAGAUGAAGAACUAUUGCGUGAUGAUGAGGUUCUCACCCCUGUUAAACCAGAAGGUAUAAGGAAAAAGGAGAGGCCAACCGACAAAGGCAUGUCUUGGCUGGUCAAAACACAAUACAUUUCUCCACUUAGUACUGAUGCAGCCAAAAUGUCCAUUACUGAAAAGCAAGCGAAGGAAAUGCGAGAAUCACGAGAAGGUCGUGAUAAUGUCCUGGACAAUCUUAAUGACAGACAGAAACGGAUCAAAGCUAUCUCAGAAUCCUUCAGAGCAGCUAAAUCACGGCCUGUCCAUCAGACUAAACGUGGGAUGGAACCAGAGUUUGUUCUCCCGCUGGUACCUGAUUUUGAUAGGUAUAACGAUCCAUUUGUCAUGGUGAAUUUUGAUGGAGAUCCUACAGCUGAUUCAGAGCAAUUUAAUAAGUUAGAGAGAUCUGUACGUGAUGAAUGUGAAUCCAGGGCUCUGAUGAAAAGCUUUCAAGUCAGUGGUUCAGACCCUACAAAACAAGAGAAAUUUCUAGCAUACAUGGCUCCAGCACCUGUUGAGCUUGUCAAGGACAUGGAUGAUGAAGAUGAAGAUAUUCAGUACUCCUGGAUUCGUGAAUAUCACUGGGAAGUAAGGGGGGAUGAUAAACAGGAUCCCACAACAUACCUUGUCGCAUUUGAUGAUGAUAGUGCAAAAUAUCUGCCUCUUCCUACUAAGUUAGUAUUGCAGAAGAAGAAAGCUAAAGAGGGGAGAACUGGCGAUGAAAUCGAGCAUUUUCCAGUGCCUUCCAGAAUUACUGUGAGCAGGACAGCACAUGGUGAUGAGAUGGAACACGGAGAAUCGUCCAGGAUGCAUAAUUCAAAGCGACGAAGGUCUUCUGUUGAUGAUGACCUUGAUGAGCAUCCGAAGCAUUCUCGUGUAGAAGACAUGGACCAGUAUAGUGCAGACGAAUAUUCCGAUUGAUCAACAGAUACAGAUCAUCAUUUUCUUGCGCCAUCAAUUUUUAUCGUCACACAUGAAUCUUUGAAGAUUCAUACGCACAAGCUGUGGUGCUGCAUUCGUAAGUUAUAAGGUGCAGGGCUGAUGAAAGAGCAUGCUGGGUGCAUUUGGGCAAGACCAGAUUUUGUAGUGCAGAGCGCGGAAAGCAAGGCAGAGUGUAACUGGACCUAGAGACCCUGGUCUCAGUAGUGAUGGUAGAAGGCCUCACCAUAAUUGUAAAAACACAGCUUUGUAGUCUUGGAGUGUUCUCCACUGAUGUUUUGAUGAUAUAGGCCACCAUUUUUGUUUUGCCUCCCCCUCUCUCCCCCCAUUUGAUUGUGUAAGUACAGUGAUUUAUUUAUGUAAGGAUGCUGGAAAGCUGUAUUAUGGUAA